CGCGGCCUCCGAGUUUGGGCAGGAUCCGGGUUUGAUCCGAGAGCGCUGGAGUGGCUAGGUGGGUGUGCUACAGGAUUCCAUAGUAUAGUUUUUGAAGGGGAGAGCAAUGGAGGAGAAGAUGGCCAUGGUGAGCCUUUCUGCCAUGGUGUUGGGCUUCUUUGAAGAAGGGGAAAGAAAGGAAGGAAAGGAAUGGGGCCGUGACCCCAUGGACCGUCAUGGUGGAUGCAGCGACGAAGAGGAUGGCAGCGACGGCUCGGAAAGCAGUGCUUUAGAAAGCAAGGCUUUUUGGGAGACGCAACACCAGCUCCUCCAAGAGGCCUUGUCUAAGAAUAGCUCGGUGGAAGCAAAGAUACGGAUGGCGACGGAGGAUGCCGUGAAGAAGAUGCAAUCCGCGGGAUUUGUUUGCAUCUGCCCGAAUCGAAUGGCCGAGGGAUGUCGGAAUUGUGCACGCAGACACAUCGCCGAAAGGCUCCGGGAAGCAGGAUUCAACAGCGCCCUCUGCAAGUCCAAGUGGAGGCGUUCCCCGAAUAUUCCUUCAGGAGAACACAGUUACGUAGACGUAGUGAUGGAGGCCAAGAAUGGCAAAAGAAGCCCAAUUAGAGUGGUCAUAGAGUUGAACUUCCGUGCAGAGUUUGAGAUGGCAAGGGCCAGUCAGGAGUACAGCAACCUUGUGAACUGCCUUCCGGAGGUCUUCGUUGGGAAGUCGGAGAAGCUAAAGAGUGUGAUCAAGAUCAUGUGUUCCGCGGCGAAGAAGUGCAUGAAGGAUAACAAGAUGCAUAUGGGCCCAUGGAGGAAGCACAAGUACAUGCAGUCGAAAUGGCUCGGCACACCUGAGAGGAUUUCUCCUUGGCCGCUCCUCCCAACCCCGGCGUCCGACCGGCAACCGAAGCUUAGAGCUUCGAUGCUGACCUUCGACUUGCACUGCACUGCCGUGGAAGUUGUUUGAGUUGAAAUUGUGAAGAAAAGCUUCCUACUUCUUCAUCCUCCGCCACCUCUUUCUACUGCGUGCUUGUUCCGCACUUGAGUGAUGAUCUUGCUUUCGUGAGAGUUGUAAAUAGAUCGAGAAAAUGAAAUGAGUGGAAGUGUCUCAGUGCUAGCUUUUGUUCAUCAGUGAUUCAUGGACACUUGCUGGGCUUCGUAUAUUAAUUAGAAGAAAUGAAGCAGCUGAGGUAGCUGGA